AUGUUGUCGUCGUUCUUCUUCUCUCCACCAAUCCCGAUCCAUCCAAAUUCCAAUCGUCGCUUUCUCAUCCAACUAUCCAUCCCGAGCCAUCCAAAUUACAGUCGCCGUUGUCGUCGUUCUUCUUAUUCUCCACCAAUCCCGAACCAUCCACUUCACAAUCGUCGCCUUCUUAUCCAACCAUCCAUCUGUAACCAUCCAAAUUUCAGUCGUCGUCGUUACAGCUUACUCCACCAGUCCCGAUCCAUCCGAAUUUCAAUCGUCGCAUACUCCAUCCUGAUUUCAAUUGCCGUUGUCGUCGCUUUUAUCAUCUCCGCCAAUCCUGAACCAUCCUUUUUUCAAUCGUCGCCUUCUCCAUCGUCCUCUCAGCCCGAACCAUCCAAAUUUCAGCUGACUUUGUCGUCGUUCUCCUGCUCCUUACCAAUCCCGAGCCGUCCUAUUUUCAAUCGUCGCCUUCUCGUGUCCAAUCCUCCGAAACCAUCCUAA